UGCCGAAAUUCGUCAUUCAACACAUCGUUACGAAGAGACAAGUCUUCUCUCGUUAUAAAUUCGUUUGCUUCGCUCGUCGCUAGUUCGCAAUUUUAUCCUCCACAAUGUCUGACGCUCCCGCUGCUGCCCCAGCCAAGGCUACCCCCAAGAAGAAGGCUCCCGCCAAGCCUAAAGCCCCCGCAGCCCACCCUCAGUACAAGGUGAUGGUCGCUGCCGCCAUCUCUGCACUGAAGGAGCGCGGUGGCUCUUCCCGCCAGGCCAUCCUGAAGUAUAUCAUGGCCAACUUCAAGGUCGGAGAUAACCCCACUGCCAUCAACGCUCGUCUCAAGACUGCCCUCAGGGCCGGCGUCAAGUCUGGAACCCUGAAGCAAGCCAAGGGAACUGGCGCUGCUGGCUCUUUCCGUUUGGGAGAGAAGAAAGUAGAGAAAAAACCUGCUAAGAAAGUUGCCAAGAAACCCAAGUCUCCCAAGAAGGCAGCAAAGCCCAAGAAAGCCGCAGCCAAGAAACCAAAAUCUCCCAAGAAGGCUGCCGCCAAGAAACCUGCUGCUAAAAAACCUGCUGCCAAGCCCAAGAAGGCCAAGAGCCCUGCCAAGAAAGCCGCCAAGCCCAAAACCGCUGCCAAAAAGCCAGCUGCCAAGAAGGCCGCUGCCAAGCCCAAGAAGGCCGCUGCCAAAAAGUAAGAGCUGGUUUUUCAAAUCCAGCCACAUCACAAUACGGUCCUUUUCAGGACCACC